AUGAGAAAUGACAUUGACAAGUAAAUGAAAUUGUAAAUUUUGUAUUUUUAGGUUACAGUUUUUGGAUUUGCAAAAUAUAAAUGGUUUAUUUUCUUGUAAAUGUAAUAAAAUGUCGUCAGCGUUAGUUCGCCAAGCACUAGCAUUUGUGGAUCAAGAAGAAACUAAAGCUGAAGGAAAAAAACGUCGCGCAGAUUCGACUCGACCCCGAGACAUAGGUCAAGUCACCAGUCACCAAUACAAGAAAAAGAAAAGAACACAAACCAAAAUUGGUGUAUCACCUAAAGAGGAUUUAACGGAAGAAAACAUUAAAAAGCUCUUAGCAUUGUCAACACCAACUGCUAAUAAGGCUGUGGCUGAAAAGAUAGUUCAGCGUGCAAUAGCGGGUAAACCUCUAUUGGAUAAAAUUGAAAUAAAAGUUGUCGAGGAAAAAUCAAUUUUAUUCCCUGAGGACGAGGAAGAUUGUAAGAAAAGCAAAACAAAGAAAAGACAUCAUAAAAAGUAAUAUUAUCUAAAUACAGUGACAUAAAGGGUAUGUCUUUAUGGAUAUUCCUGAUGCAGUCUUGGGAAAACUGAUUUUGGUGACAACACUGACUGUAUUCACAAUUUUGGUAUUUUGGAUUAAUUCUUACCCAUUUAUUGAUGAAGAUUUUGCAAUCUACAAAUACAUUCCUGAUCCACAGUGGGUUUUGCUAGGCUGUGCUGUGUGGGGUCUCUUCUUUGUAGGAGGACUCAUGUCCUUUACCCUCUACCAUAUCUACCCCUUCCUAUAGCACACUUCAAAGAUCCAAGCACCUCUUGCACAUUAAGGUUACCUACCUACUUUUCUUCGAGCCUCAAAUUUAAAUUUGGAAACAUGUCUUUGGCAAAGAGAGAUGAAUGGAUUAUCAUAGGUAUAUCGGGAGUGACCUGCGGUGGAAAAACAACUUUAGCGAACAAAUUGCUGGAUAUCCUCUCACCAGUAUAUAUCUUCCAUCAAGACCAAUACUUCUAUCCAGAUGACAGUCCUCAUCAUAUCAAGUGUCACAAUUUGGACCACAAUAAUUAUGAUAUUUUGUCAUCAUUGAACAUGUCAUUGAUGUAUGAUGAUAUUGUUAGCACUAUUAAUGGAGACAAUAAGUCACAAGAUCAUAAUCUGGAUAGAAGUCAUGGAAAAAUAGAAGUGAAGGGAAAAAAGUUUAUGAUUGUUGAGGGAUUUACAGUCAUAAAUUAUAAGCCUAUAAUGGAGAUUUGUCAUUUAAGGUACUUCUUUGUAUUAGACUAUGCAACAUGUUUAAAUCGCCGGGUGUACCGCUUAUAUGAUCCACCAGACAUCGACGGUUACUUUGACCAGUGUGUAUGGCCCGAACACCUCAAAUACAGAGCUGAGGUCGAAAAAGAUAAACGUAUCACCAUCUUAGAUGGAACAAGACACGAUUCUCUUGAGACCGUUUUAUCAAAUCUUGCAUCAAUGGGCUCUUCAAAAGUAUUAUGAGAUUAAGCUGAAAUUGGUAUUGUUCUUGUAAUCUAUACUUAUAAUAAAUCUGUAGAGAGGCCAAUUCUGUACAUGAAAUAUAUUUCCAAAAUAACUAUCAGGGGGUGAUUAGUGGUCGAUACUGAUGCCAAAAAUGCAAUCAGUAAAAUUUUUGUCUGUCUGUCUGUCUGUCUGUCUGUAUGUUCUUUAUAGAAACAAAAACUACUCGACGGAUUUUAACGAAACUUGGUACAAUUAUUCUUCAUACUCCUGGGCAGGUUAUAGUAUACUUUUCAUCGCGCUACGAUGAAUAGGAGCAGAGCAGUGAAGGGAAAUGUUGGGAAAACGGGAGAAGUUACUCAAUUUUUCAAGCUUCCGUCGCGUGGUAUGUUCGUUAUACAAACAAAAACUACUCGACGAAUUUUAACAAAACUUGGUACAAUUAUUCUUCACACUCCUGAGCAGGUUACAGUAUACUUUUCAUCACGCUACAAUCAAUAGAAGCAGAGCAGUGAAGGGAAAUGUUGAGUAAACGGGAGAAGUUACUCCAUUUUUUAAGCUUCCAUCGCCGUGGCGUGGUAGGGUAGUGGUAGAGUAAGGGUAGGGUAGGGUUAGUGUAGGGGUGGGAUAGUGGUAGGGUAAGGAUAGGGAAGGGGUAGGGUAGGGUAGAGGUAGGGGUGGUAGUAGGGUUUCACGCGGACGAAGUCGCGGGCGUCCGCUAGUCACUAAUAAAGUGACGAAGUUACAUACUGGAUGUAUAUUAUUUUAUAGUCAUAUUGUAUGUUAUAUUACAAUGUACGUUCUUUAAAUACGCAUUUAUAAGUAAUUAAUUAUAGAGUUUACUUCAGAUUUAGCUCUAACAUUAUAUUUUUAAUUGACUAUAUAUUUUGGUAGUGCUAAAUGAAUUUUUAAAAUUACUCAUAAUGAUGUUUUGAAAUUUAAUCAUGUUACUAUAAUUAAUUAAUCAAAUUAAAUUGUUUUAGUAGUUAACUAAUUUAUAUUAUAAAAAGCUUUUUACUCUACUGAGUGCAAGCUAAUUUUAUUUCCAACGAAAAAAACGUAGCUGAAAAUAAGAUUAAAUGUGUUUCGUCGAUGUUUUCAGUUCAUUUUCAUCACAUGCUGUAUUUUGGUAAAUUUCUAUGUUGUAACUUAAAGAACUAUGUCGUUAAUUUUAUGCUACAUAUGUCGCUAAAUUGAAAUUUAAUAAAUUUAUAUUUUGCAGUA